UACUGAUAUAUCUGUGCAUCAAAGUAGCGUUUGGACCAGUUUCUUCUACUGCAGACCUCAAAAGAACACGAAUUGAGCACAAGAAAACGUAUUCUCGUGAAUCGCGUGGGUGAGACACGCAAGAAAUUCAAAAUGGCGGCGAAUUUGUAAGACUGCGCCCUGCUUCUCUACAAUUUUACAAAUUUCCCCAUCUAGUGAGACGGAAUGGCGUCCACCAGCGGAGAAGCGGAGCAGGAUGAUUCCCUGAAUCUUUUAAAGGACAUGCUGGAGAUAACCUGGGGUAGUACGCUCAAAGAAGAAGUCUUCUCCCGAUGGGCCCAGGGCUUUGUAUUCAGUGAAGAUGAAGUUACAGCGCUUCUGCAGCAUGAAGGUGGUCCAUGUGCUGUCAUUGCCCCAGUUCAAAGUUUUAUUCUGAAAAAUGUAUUAUUUUCUUCUGAAAAUGGUGAUGAAUGGAGACAUACAGAAGGUGAUCAAAUUAAAGAAUUACUUAUAUGUUCAUUAAGUGAAAUGUUAGCAAUGGUAGGAACAGAUAGAUACAUAGUUGUAGUACAAGGUGAUAAACAACACUCAGUUAUUGAAAAUUACACUGAAGAAGGUGCUGAAGCUCCUCCGGAUCAUGCAACUUUCCAUAGCUCUUUAAGGUUACAACAGUUUGAUGGUAUUGAAGAAGUGCAUCAUGCAUUACAGUCUGUGUAUUCUAUGUAUACCGGUUAUUUUGGUGUUAUAUUAUUUCUCUAUUCUGUUUUACUAACAAAGGGUAUAGAAAAUAUUAGAAAUGAAAAAGAAGAUCCAAAUGAGCCUUUAAUUGAUUGCACAUAUGGACAUGGAAGUCAAAGUCUCAUUAAUCUUAUGUUAACUGGAAGUUCAGUGUCUAAUGUGUGGGACAAUGAGAAGGAAAUCUCUGGACUCAAAUUAAAGGGAAUUACUCAACAAACUUCUAUAGGAUUUCUUACUUUAUUAGAGCAUCUUAGGUAUUGUGAAGUUGGUUGGUAUCUGAAGAAUCCACGAUAUCCUAUCUGGUUAUUGGGAAGUGAAACACAUCUUACUGUAGUAUUUUCAAAGGAAAUAUCACUAGUUGCACAGGAAAGUCCCUGGUCUAAAGCAAGAAGAAUAUUUAAUAGUUAUGAUCCUGAAGACUGUGGUUUUAUAGCUGGGUGUCUAUUAGGUGAUGUAAUGCGAGCUUUAGAGCUUGUAUCUGAACCAGAGUAUGUAAAAAUAAUGGUGAAUAAGCUGGACCCUGAUGAAUAUGGUAUAGUUCUCUUAUCUGGUUUCAUGGAAGAGUUCUUUCCAAAUGAGCCAAAGAGUCCUUAUCCAGAUGAUUUCUUAAUAUAUCAUUACAACGGCCUUAAAAGAUCGUCACAGUCAAGAAAAGUGGUUUACAUCGAAGGUACGACAAAUAUUUAUGAUCCUAGCGAGAUAAAAUGUGUGACAGACAGUACACCAAUUAAGACGUGUCUACAAACCAAAUGGCCUGGUAUUGAAGUGCAAUGGCAAGAUGGCAUCACUCCUUCAAUCAACUGAAAUGGCCGUCUGGCGGACAUUUUGGGCUUAGUAGCUGAUCUUUAAACACCAUUUAUUACCUUUUCAGGUCUUACCCAUCACUUGAUGGAACAAUGCAAAGACAUUAGGGCAAUUUUAUCAUCUUUUACAGUAAUUUGACUUUAUCCCAACAUGUGUGAGUGAAAAAAAAAUGCCUUCUUGCUAACUCUAGUAUGUUUUUUUUAUGAUGAUCACCGAAACACUUUGGGCAAAUCUAGUCAAAUAUAAUGCGACUCUUUUAUUUUCAUUGCUACCAGCAUUAAAGAAUUUUGUAAUAUACGUUUUGUAUGCGUUCAGUUCCAGUUUUUUUCAGACCCCAACGAAUCUAAUCCAUAGACAUGCAAGCAUUGUUUUAGUUUUACAUUUUGGCAGCAUCACGUAUACAGAAAGACAGGUUUGCUGACAUGUACUUGGGGGGUAUACUUAUAAUGGUCAACCCAUUCCACAUUAAUGAUAAGAUGUAUUGUUACCACUGACCAACUAACCCUACCAGGUCGUCACUAUUGACAAGCCGGUACCUCUAAUGAAUAAUGUUAUGUUUCAUUGACUUACCAGAUAUAAUAGCAGUAUCAUUUGUAAUCGCUCAUAUACGUAAUUUCAUACACCACCCUUUACUACGCUUAUAUGCUCAUACUCACAACAUCUACUUUGUAAGUAGCAUUAUUUCAUGGUGUGGAUUAAUUAAAGCGAUUUACAAUCGCCUGCUGAAUGCCUUCAUGGAUACCCACAAAAGACUGAAAAAAUAAUGUGUUGCAGAAAGGUGAUGUGUUUACAAUAGGUUGUCUUGUUGAUGCUGGGUUCAGUCAAGUUCUAGGUCAAGGCUAGUGCAUUUUAAUGCCUGUGUUGAGUUUGCUUAGACAUUACAACCAUGAUCACUGCUGAAUUUUACCUUCCUGUGAACCUACUUAACUCUCAUAUUCUCUAGCCGCAUUAUUUAAUUUUGCCUAGUUGACAGAGAAAGUGUUAAAAUAUGUUACAGCCCUUUUAGUAUCCAAUAAUAACAUUUUUCAAUUGAGUUGUAGGGUAUAUUACAAUAUAUUUAUUUGCUUGAUAUAUAUAUAUAUAUAUAUAUAUUUAUUUCACUGCGAUAAUCUGUAUUUUAUUCAUUUAUUUAUGCAAUCAUUUAUUUGAGCAUACAUGUGUGUAUUUUGUCUGUUGCUUGUGCGACUCGGUGGUUCAUACCUUCACAUUCGUGUGAUUGGUCUAAAUCCAGCCAUUGGAAGGAAAGACAUUCUUAUAAAAUUAUAUUGACCAACAUAUACAUGUUACUCUGUUAUUCAUAACCGGAAUACGCUUAAAAAAAUUACAAUCACAAAUUGUUGGUGCUACCUUACAGCUCAGAUCACAUGCUGAGAAUAUAAUUCCAGACCGGCUAUAGGAGUGUGCACCCCCCCGUUAAAUAAUGGUAUAUCCGUUUGUUAGUUUUCACUGUCAUCAAAACUACAUUUAGAUGCAAUUAUUUUUAUUUGAUGUUUUGUAUGGGGCAAACGAUUGGGCAUAAAUUUAUUUUUAUAUAUACGUGUUCUGUUAGUUGAAGAAUUUAUAAUACGGUAGUGUAUAAAAGGUUGUGGCAACCUUGUUUAAAGUUCCUCCGAGUUCUCGGCACACAGUUUUUAAGUAGGCACUUUUUGCAACACCAAAAAUACUGUAUUUUGGUUCAGUUCCAUGUUACAAUUCUUUUGAACCAGCAAAUAAAGAUUCUAGUGUAGAACC